CCUGCCCCCCAUAUCUAAGGUGCCGAGGCCCUGAUUCCACGCCCACCAUGGCCAACAAGAUGGACAUGUCCCUGGACGACAUCAUUAAACUCAACUGGAGACAGCGGGGCGGACGCGACGGCGGGGGCGCGCAGGCGGCAGCCCGCGUGAGCCAAGGCGGGGGCCCAGUUCGGAACAGGCCGGCCAAGGCCCGCGGAGGCGCCAGGGGCAGCGGCAGGAACCGACCCGCUCCCUACAGCCGACCAAAACAGCUUCCAGAUAAAUGGCAACACGACCUGUUCGACAGCAGCUUUGGAGGCCAGGCUGGUGUCCAGACCGGAGGGAAAUUGCUGGUCUCCAAUCUGGAUUUUGGGGUCUCAGAUGCGGAUAUUCAGGAACUAUUUGCUGAAUUUGGAACUCUGAAAAAGGCAACCAUACAUUAUGAUCGGUCUGGCCGGAGCUUAGGAACAGCAGAUGUUCACUUUGAGCGAAAAGCAGAUGCUUUGAAGGCCAUGAAACAGUAUAACUAUAACGGAGUCCCUUUGGAUGGUCGCCCUAUGAAUAUUCAGCUUGUUACAUCACAGAUCAAUACACAACGAAGACCAGCACAGAGUGUAAAUAGAGGCGGAAUGACUAGAAACCGUGGCUCUGGCGGUUUUGGUGGUGGAGGCGGCACCUGGAGAGGCAGUCGUGGAGGCUAUCGAGGAAGAAGCAGAGGGACUGGAAGAAAUUUGAAACAACAGCUUUCCGCAGAAGAACUAGAUGCACAAUUGGAUGCUUAUUAUGCCAGGGGGGCUACCAGUUAA